AUGGCCCAGGGGACAGUGAUCCAUGUGGCCCCAGAGCAGCCAACGCGUGCCGUGUGUGUGCUGGGCACCGCGGUACAGCUCGACGUCCACAGCUCUGCCCCCAAGGACUGCAAGUCCUUCAGCAUCUCCGCCUCCCCAGGGGUGGUUGUGGAAGUUACCCACAGCCCUCCAGCCAAGAAGAGCUCCACAGAUUCCAAGUGGCCCCUGGUCCCCGAGCUGGAGGUGACUCUGCAGGUGAACACUGCCAGCAACAGCACCGAUGACCAGAAGGUUCAGAUUUCAUACUAUGGGCCCAAGACUUCAAGGGUCCAAGCCCUCCUCUACCUCACCGGAGUGGAAAUCUCCCUGCACGCAGACGUCACCCGCACCGGCAAAGCGACCAGCACCAGAGCCAUGAAAGACCAGAGGACCUGGACCUGGGGCCAAGGUGGACAAGGUGCCAUCCUGCUGGUGAACUGUGACAAAGAUGACCCCAAGUCUUCUGCCCCGGACUGCGAGGAUGAUCAUGUGGUGGACCACAAAGAUCUGCAGGACAUGUCCCUGCUGACCCUGAGCACCAAGGCCCCCAAGAACUUCUUCAGCCAGCACCAGCUGCUGCUGCACGUGGCCAAGGCUGAGAUGGAGAAAGUGAGAGUGUUCCAGGCCACACGGGGCGGCCGUCCGUCCAGGUACAAGGCGGUCCUGGGGCCACAGAAGUCCUCGCACUGCCUGAAGCUCCAGGGCGGCCAGCACCGCGUGGACUUCUACGUGGAGGGCCGGGCCUUCCCCGACGCCGACUUCCCCGGCCUCAUUUCCCUCGGCAUCUCCCUGCUGGACACAUCCAACCCGGAGCUCCCCGAGACCCUGCUUUUCCAAGACAGCGUGGUCUUCCGUGUGGCCCCCUGGAUUAUGACUCCCAACACCCAGCCCCCCCAGGAGGUGUAUGUGUCCAGGAUUUCUGAUAACGAAGCCUUCCUGGAGUCGGUGGCUGCUCUGGCCAAGAAAGCCAAGUGCAAGCUGACGGUCAGCCCGCUGGAGGAGAACAUGGACGACCAGUGGAUGCAGGAUGAAAUGGAGAUCGGCUACAUCCAGGCCCCCCACAAAACGCUGCCGGUGGUGUUCGACUCCCCAAGGGACAGAGGCCUGAAGGACUUCCCCCUCAAACGCGUCAUGGGCCCAAACAUGGGCUACGUGACCCGAGGGCUGGACUCAGAAGAGAUCACGGGGCUGGACUCCUUCGGGAACCUGGAGGUGAGCCCGCCAGUGGUGGUGGGGGAGAAGGAAUACCCGCUGGGCAGGAUUCUCAUCGGGAACAGCAGUUACCCCAGCCCAGACAGUCGGGACAUGCACAAGGUGCUGCAGGACUUCCUGGAGGCCCAGCAGGUGCAGGCUCCCGUGAAGCUGUACUCUGACUGGCUGUCCGUGGGCCAUGUGGAUGAGUUCCUGAGCUUCGUGCCCGCAUCUGACAGGAAGGGCUUCCGGCUUCUCCUGGCCAGCCCCAGGUCCUGCUACAGACUAUUCCAGAAGCAGCAGGAAGAAGGUCACGGAGAGGCUCUGAUCUUCCAAGGAAUCAAGAGUAAAAGACAGCAGACGAUAAAGGCCAUCCUGUCCAACAAGGUUCUGAAAGAACAGAACUCCUAUGCCCAGAGCUGCAUCGACUGGAAUCGAGGGGUGCUGAAGAGGGAGCUGGGCCUGGCCGAGGAGGACAUCGUGGACAUCCCACAGCUCUUCAAGCUCACGGGCAACUCCAAAGCGAGGCUCAAGGUGGUGGCCUUCUUCCCCAACAUGGUGAACAUGCUGGUACUGGGGAAGCACCUGGGCAUCCCCAAGCCCUUCGGGCCCCUCAUCAAUGGCCGCUGCUGCCUGGAGGAGAAGGUGCGCUCGCUGCUGGAGCCGCUGGGCCUGCACUGCGUCUUCAUCGACGACUUCGCCCCGUACCACAUGCUGCAUGGGGAGGUGCACUGCGGCACCAACGUGCGCCGCCAGCCCUUUAGCUUCAAGUGGUGGCACAUGCUGCCCUGA